UCUCGGCGGAAACGGUGCGUUCUUUUCUAAAUACAAAAUUUCGAGUUGCUUUUCUGAGAUUUUCGAAAAUACAUAUAUAUACAAAAGUUCCUUGUUGAUUUUUUAAUAUUAAAUAAAGUUAUUACAUGCUUAAUGAAUUCAAAUUACUGAAAGUGCUUUGACUUUGUGUAAAACUGUCCCUUUACUUCCACAAAAUGCCUAUAGAUAUAUGUAAAAAGUGCUGAACAUGUGCUAUUUAUAAAAGCCGCCUUAAUCUUAAUGGCUCUGCCCCUCUAUAUAUCUUUACAUAUAUAGUUCUUGUCCCAUAAAUAUGUUGGAGACAAACUAAAAAAACGAAACGAGAAACGUGAAAUUUUAUUAAUGCCUUCUUAUUUAUAAAAUUCAAAAAUCCAAAGAAGUCAACCGAAGUGAGAGAGUGGAAAGGUGUGAUAGCAGCUCCAAAAGGAUCGUGAAAAGGGCUGCAGAAUGUGGGCGGCGAAAUAUGUUUUAUGGACGCUGACAUGCGUUGCAUUUGCUUCAGCUUCUUUAAGCUCAGAGCGGCGUGAAAAGAUCAUGAAAAUUCCCGAAGAGCCAAAUGUACCCAAGUCCCUGGCGGCUAUUUUGGACAUGAGCUGUGUGGAGGCCAAGGUUGUGCCGCCAGAGAUUAACCACGGUCGAGUGUCUCUCUUCGAGCGUCGCCGGCGGGGCGAGAAGGUCUUCCUGGUGGCCUAUUUCUCCUGCAAUGAAAAUUACAAGUUCGAGGCCGCCGACGCCACUGCCAUGUACUGCUCCAACCGGAAAUGGGUCGGGGAAAUCCCCACCUGCAUUCCCCAGGCAGAAUAUACCGAUGGCGAGGGCGAGGGCGAUGGCGAUGGAGAGACUGAGUUCGAUGAGUACGACGAGUACGAGACGAUUCCCAAUGAUGAACUCAAUUCAGUAGAAAACAAUGAGGAAGAUGAGACGCAGGAUAAUGAGCAGGAACCACCUUUGCCACCACUGCCACCGCCAGUAAAGGAAGUUGCUACAACUGCAGAUGAAUCCAAGCUGGAGGUCACCGGCGAUGUCAAGCCGGAACCACAAAUUGUUAUCCAAAUCAAUGAAGAUAAAAACAGCCCAGUGGCACCAUCAAAUAUUGAAGUUCAAAGAAACAAGGAGCAGGAAGAGGCUACAUCUGCAGAGCCUAUUGAACCAGAAAUUGACAACGAAGUUCCCCAAGAAAUCGAAACUAUUUCGGAGCCCGAAAUCCCAACUUCCCAGGAGCCAGAAAACGGCAUUGCCAAGGAGCCUGAUAACUCUAUAGUUCAGGAACCUGAAAUAAAGGCAUCCCCGGAGCCAGAAGUCCCGCCCGUUGAGGUAACCUCUCCUAGUGCAGAAAUUGCAUCCAAGAAGGAUGCUUAUGCCCCAACCCUUUUGGGUACUGAUUGCGGAGAAGACAACCCCAAUUGUGAGCAAAUAUGCAAGCGAUUGCUCUAUCCAGAUGAGAACGAACCCGUCUACAAGUGCGACUGCUGGCAGGGCUAUACCCUGAAUCUUACAGAUUAUACCGGGUGUAUAGAUAUCGAUGAGUGCCAGGAGUCAAAUGGUGGCUGCUCGGAGAUCUGCAAUAAUCUACCAGGAGGAUUCCAAUGCGCCUGUCAAAAAGGCUACGAAAUAGAUGCUUCAACUGGGAAGUCUUGUAUAGACAUUGAUGAAUGCGCCAAUCCCGAACUAUCUUCAGACUGCCAAGCUGGUUGCGAGAACCUUCCAGGUUCUUACCGCUGUGUGGUGCCGUUGGUGACCAAGGAAGAAGCCACCAAAGAGGAAGCCCCCAAAGAGGAAGCCACCAAAGAGGAAGCCACCAAUGAGGUCACUGAAGAAUUGGUCAAGGAGACAACCACCGAAAUAGCACCCAAGUCCAGUUGCAAUUCCGGCUUUGAGCUGUCUGCCGAUGGCAGUCAAUGCCUGGACAUCGACGAGUGCGAAGUGUUUGGUCCGGAAGACCCUCAUUACUGCCAGCACAAGUGCGAGAAUACAAUUGGUUCUUACCGUUGCCAUUGCACCCAAGGCUACCAUCUUCUCGAAGACAAGCACAGCUGUGCCCUAGAUGGCUGUGCGGAUCUGGACAAUCCACAGCUAAAUCGCACUCGUUGCGCCCAUGAGUGCGAGGAUCUGCCGGAGGGCAAUUACCGUUGCAAAUGUCCCAAGGGCUAUGAGCUCUCCGAAGAUGGGCACUCGUGUUCGGUGCUGGAGACCCCCUGUUCCACGCAAAAGGGCCACGAACGUUGCUCGCCGGGAACUUGCAUGCCCAGUGAGAACAACACUAGUUUUAGCUGCAUUUGUCCCGAUGGAUACAGAAGUGAGAGUUUAAGCUGCCAGGAUAUAGACGAGUGUGCGGAGGAGUCGCACCUGUGCAGCCACCAGUGCCAGAACACACCCGGAGGCUAUCAGUGUCUGUGUCCCGAAGGUCUCAACUUGGUGGAGGAGUUGACCUGCCUGGCCGAGGAUCGCUGCGAGGUCAACAACAAUGGCUGCGAGCAGAUCUGUCUAACGGCUCGUGGAGGCAUCUGCUCCUGUCGCGAGGGCUUCCGCCUGAGCCCCGAUGGCAAGAGCUGCGAAGACGUGGACGAGUGCCAGGUGAAGAACGGUGGCUGCCAACAGGUGUGCCGCAAUCUUCCAGGUUCGUAUGGGUGUGUUUGUGCCGCUGGCUACGAGCUGCUCAAGCUGGACGGCAUCCGUGGCUACUGCUUCGACAUCGACGAGUGCUCGCGGGGUACUCACAGCUGCAGCGAGCAAAUGCUUUGCGAGAACCUCAAUGGUUCCUACACCUGCUUGUGCCCGCCGGGCUAUGCCCUGGGACUGGACAGCCUCAUUGCCACAUCGCUAAACACCUCAUCAUCAUCAUCAUCAUCCCAUGACUCAACUUCAUCCGCGACUCCAUCAUGCCUGGACAUCGAUGAGUGCUCGCUGGCCAAUGGCAAUUGCUCGCAUUUCUGCCAGAAUGAACCCGGUGGCUAUCAGUGCGCCUGCCCCAUGGGCUUUGCUCUCUUCGAGGACAUGCGUACGUGCCAAGACGUCGACGAGUGUGGCGAGAACAAUGGCCACUGCGCGCAGCUCUGCUUGAAUCAACCCGGGGGCUUCGCUUGUGCCUGCGAAUCGGGCUUCGACCUGACCGCAGAUGGCUUCGGCUGCUCGGACAUCGACGAGUGCUCUCAGAGCUAUGGAAACUGUAGCGACAUCUGCAUAAAUCUUUUAGGUACCUUUGCCUGCGCCUGCGAGAGGGGCUACGAGUUGGCGAAGGACGGUAAGACCUGUCAGGAUGUGGACGAGUGCUCGGGAUUGCUCUCCGGUGGCUGCACCCACGAGUGCAUCAACAAGGAGGGAACCUUCGAGUGCGGCUGUCCCCUGGGAUAUAUUCUCAACGAAGAUGGUCGCAGCUGUCGUCCUGCUUUGGUCGGUUGUCCGCCGGGCACCCAGAGGUCCUCCGACGGCUGUGCUCCUAUUGAGUGUGGUCUCGGUUGGAUGCUGGGAUCGAAGGGCAAGUGUGUGGACAUUGACGAGUGCCAGGUGAACAAUGGCGGCUGCUCGCAUCGCUGCGAGAACAGCGAGGGCUCCUUCAAGUGCAGCUGCCCGCCGGGUUAUAGCUUGGAUGCCAAGCAAAGGAAUUGCCAGGAUAUCGACGAGUGCGCUGAGGACAAGAAGAGCUGUGUGGCUGGCAAGUGUGUAAAUGAGGUUGGAGGGUUCCGUUGUGAAUUCCCCAAGUUUCCCGAUCUGCCCGAGGUUCCAGCUGUCUCUGCUCUGCCCGAAUUUCCCAAAACGGAAACGAACAAAAUCAACUAUCCGGACAUUAACGAAAGGCCAAACGAGAUACCUCAGAGUCCAAAGUUCCCCUCCUUCCCGGAGAUAUCAAAGCCGAAGUACCCAUCGUUCCCUACGCUACCAAGCUUCCUGGAUUCAAGCACACCGGAACCAACCUUUGGCCAGUCGCAGCCCAGGGAUCUCUGUCCGCGGUUCCAGGCUCCUCCGAAUGGCAAAGCUCGCUGUAACAGAUACCGCCAGAAGAAGAAGCUGUUCUACAACAGUCGUUGCCGCAUCACCUGCAAUCCGGGUUAUACCCUCGAGGGUCCGGAGAUCAGAAGCUGUGGACCCACAGGAGUUUGGGAGGGUGCGGAGACCAAGUGUAUUGCUAUUCAGCAGCCCAGCGUGCAGACCCCAGGAAUCUGUCCCGCUUUGCGACCCGCUCGCAAUGGCAUCAUCUCCCCUGCCAGCUGUACCCAAGGGCCAUCUCGGUUCGGAGACAUCUGCCAGCUCCAGUGUAAUCCCGGUUUUGUGGCCACCGGACCCAUGCUCACCUCCUGCAUGGUCCUGCAGGGUUGGGCCUUCGGUUCCGAUCUCGAUUGCAAGCCCUUUGAAAGCAGCAGCUUGUUUGGCAGCCAGAUUCCCUGGGCUCCUUCGCAAUCCCUGCAGAAUUUGGCGCCCGUGCGAGUUCACCAGAGAAUCAGACCUCAAAUCAAGUGUCCCGAGAAUGUGGUGAUCCUGCUGCAUAGCGGCGAACAGAAGACGCAUGUGACUUUGCAAAGACCGGAAACGAAUCUGAAACGAAGUCAAUUGGUGGCUUCACCCGCCUGGGCAGGAAAACUUGAGGGUCAUUUGCCAGCCGGAGUGCAUAAGGUCCACUUCCGAGUGACCGAUCCAGAGACCAGGUUACAUGCAUCCUGUGAGACAGUGAUCACCGUCAAGGCGGCCACUCCUAGCUAUUCCUCUGUGCAAUUUCCCCCGCUGCCCAGGCCGGCGCCAUUUCCCACAUUUUCCUCCAGAAGCUCAGAUAGAUUUCCCUCAAUUACUUCCUUUAAUUCCGAACCCAAGCCAGCUCCCUUUCCCACAUUCUCCUCAUUUAAUUCCGAACCCCAACCAGCUCCCAUUCCCACAUUUUCCUCGCUUGGAAAAUCGGAAUUUCCCAGUUUCAGUUCGUCAGUUCCUAAGGCUUCACCCUUUUCCGGGCUGGAACCAUUUUCCCAGAAAUCUGCCAAGCUGAUUAGCUCUGCUCCGGCGGCUACGGAAAGUACAAGAAUCGAUUUGGGUUCGGAUACGACCAAUUUUUGUCCACCUUCGAUUGAGGUUCACUUGAGAGAGCACCAGAACCUGCGAUCUGUGGUCUGGGAAGAGCCGCGAUUCAAUGGAAAAUUACUCAAGAUCUACAAGUCGCAUUUUCCUGGGGCUUUGUUCAAGGCGGGAGAUCAUACCAUUAAGUACGAGGCCACCACCACAGACGGGGUGACCCUCAGAUGCAUUUUCUUUAUACAUGUGAGAUCUGCCAAACCUUCACCUCCACCGCCUCAGGCAGAGCUCCGCUUUGAGCCCGAGGCCGAGUCCAGCUCUGCACCUGCUCAGCUCCGGAGCUUCGAUAGUCUAGUGUCGGGAGUCUAUGUUGUCUGCCCUAAUAAAGAGCCCGUUCGGGUGACUGACCAAUCCGUCAACCUGCCCGUGGGCUGCACUCUGAAGAACGUGCGCCCGCAAUCGAGUCCCCAGAAACAUCUGAAACGCGGCCAGCUCACCUCGCUGUGGCAUCACUAUGCGAAUUUCUAAAGUCUGUAACUAUAUACAUAAAUAUACUAUAUACGACUGCUCAUCACAUGGAAUAGUAGAUUUGAUGCGACAUUUAUACAAAUAUUUUUGUAC